AUGGCAUCCCUAGCUUCUUUUCCACAAGAACUUGUGGAUAUGAUCUUUUCUGACCUCGGACCAACCCACCUUGGAAAAGUUAGGUUGCUGUCUAGAUUCCACAACGCCAGGUUCAAGAACCUCUUCUGGUACCUUGUUUUCCAAACCCUUCAAAUCGACCUACGACCAUCAUGCGUCGAACGACUUAUCCUCCUUGGAAAAGGACCUGAAGUCGCAUCUAUGAUCCAAAACAUCAUUGUCCGGCCGCAACAAGGCCAGGAUCUCAAAGUCUCACAGAUCACGCCCCUGCUUACGAAGGCGUUCGCUGGGCUACCUGAUAUCAAGAGUAUUGAUAUUCAGGUUCCGCGCGGAACCAAUGGAUUUGAUUAUUGGAAACCGAUUAUGGAUGCUGCCAUUAAGAGUAAAAGGGGGACAGUGGAGUCCAUUACCGGACCGAAAUGCGGGAUGCAAAUGUCGAAAUUAAAGUUUUCGACAGCACAGACGAUAGCUUAUCAGAAUGCAUUUAUCAAUCUGAAGAAUUUGGAUAUUACGGUAUCGGUGCAAUAUGAACGGCCUGAGCUGGCGGAAAAAUUUUGGGCUUGGAUUGAAAGGAUCGGAAGUCAGAUGGAACGACUUACUAUCAAGACCACCCGAACGUCUCAUAAUAUGCCCUCGCCGAAUGACCAUGGAGGGUUUUUACCCAGGAAUUUCAGUUUACCGAAAUUGAAGGCACUCAAGUUGAUUGAUGCUGCUGUUACGCCGAAUGAUUUCAAGAAGUUUUUUGGGAAUGUUGAUAUGGAGGUUGUCGAUAUCUCGCAGUGCCGAAUGAAGAACCCGAAGGUUGAUUGGUUCAAGAUAUUAAAACACCUCAGAAACGGCAAUCUCAACAAAAUCAGGGAACUUCGGUUUUCGAUUAGCUCGCGCCACGGAAGCGGGUUAUACGACCUACCGAAUCUACUGAUCGAUGUUAAUAGUGAUUGGACAAGUGAAGGAAAUAGUUGUAAAGUCAAGUUACACUCCGGACUAUCGGGGUUUUAUAAUACUCAGAAGAACCUUUGGGACGAACUGGGAGCAACUGAUGAUCAAGAUGACUUCUGGGGUUCUUUGACGAAUUCGAAAUGGACGUUACCUAGAACUACGAGGUGGAAAAGACUUCAGAUCGCAACUGAGGAAUAUAGAUUUGCGGUAUCUAAGCUCGUAUCUGUGUUCUCUUCGGAACACGAACCGCAAGAAGCAUUCGAGGUACAACAGGAGUACGAUACGAAGGUCGCUCGUCUCCAGGAAGAAGAAGAAUUGGAUAUCGGAGUGGGGGAGGAUCAGUGA